AAAGGGGAAAUGAUUAAAGCCUAGGAUCGCAUUCGCCUUUUUAGCUGCAGCACCACGCUCUCGGCUCAGGUCCAGCUGAGUGCGAACAAAUGUAGACCAAUAGUCCCCCAAACUGUGCUCUUUUAAAGGACUGUGGACUUCAGCUCCUAGAAUCCCAGGCUAUUGGCUAACAUUGCUGAGGCUUCUGGGAGUUGAAGUCCAAAAUCUCUUAAAGGGGCACAGUUUGGGGACCACUAGAGAGACCUUGUGGCCCCUUGGAGACUGAAGAAAGAAAGGAGUUGGCAUCAGAAGCUAUAUAAGUCUGAUAUGUGUCUAUCAUUCAAAGAUAUAGCCAUGUCAGUCUGUGGCAUCAGUCUCCCUAGAGAUUUUGUUGCACCUUGGAGUCUAACUAAAGAAAGGAGUUGGCAACAGGAGCUGUAUAAGUCUGGUGUGUCAGGUAUAAAUCUGAUAUUAUUCAAAGGUAUCAUCUGUAGCAUUAGUCUGCAGAGAGAUCUUGCGGCACCUUGGAGACUAUCUAAAGAAAGGAGUUGGCAACAGGAGCUGUAUACGUCUGAUAUGUCUGAUAUUAUCCAAGGCUAUAGCUGUGUUAUUCGGUAGCAACAGUCUGCAAAGAGGUCUUGUGGCCCCUUUGAAGCCAAGGGGACCAAACUGAGGCCGUCGUACUUCGGACACAUUGCGAGAAGGAAGGACUCAUUGGAAAAGGCAAUGAUGCUGAGAAAGGGAGACAAAAGAAAGAAAGAAAGACAUACUUAGCCAUCCAGAACUUAGCCAUGUCUGCUGCAGCUGAUGAAACGUCGGAUGACCUACCAGUGAGGGAUGUAGGCCUAGGUCUUGGAGGGCUUCAAGAACCAUCAGCAGCCCAGAAUGCAAAAGCUCGGCAAACAGUUUCGCGCAUCAGCCGAGAGGAGCUGGAAGACCGUUACCUUCGCUUGCAUGAAGAGAACAUCUUACUUAAGCAACAUGCUCAUAAGCAAGAAGAUAAAAUUAAAAGGAUGGCCACCAAGUUAAUACGGCUGGUGAAUGACAAGAAGAAGACUGAGCAGGCUGGUGGCGGCCCCAAGCGGCUGGGCCAGGAUGUCGAGAUGGAGGAAGUGAUCGAGCAGCUGCAGGAGAAAGUUCGGGAGUUGGAGAAACAAAAUGAAGCCAUCCGCAACAGGCUUAUUUCAACCAAGCAGCAGCUACAGCUUCAAGGGCACAGGCACACGCCUUACAAUUAUGUGCAGGCACGCAUUAACACAGGCCUCAGAAAAGCCACUGAGGGUGUGGGAAUUCAAGAGCGCACAAAAAAAGGAAUGAGGUUGCAGAACAUAGAAAUCCAACCUUCGAAAUCCCUGCAAGCAUUGCCCCCUAAAUAUGGACAGAAUCUACUCGAAGAAGCAAGAGCAGAGAUAAGAAAUUUAGAGAAUGUGGUUGAAUCACAAAGAGCACACAAUGAGGAGUUAGAAAAUGCCAUCGAAGUGCUCAGAAGUGCAAUGAGGAAGAAGGAAGGCGAAUUUGAAGAAGCCCUCCUACAGCUGAAAGAGCAGCAAGCCACAGGGCAACGGUUAACCAUUCGAGAAAAUGUUGAAAUGAUCAAGCUCCACAAACAGUUGGCAGAGAAGAGCAAUGAGUUUGCAGCAAUGGAAACAAAAAUACUUCAGCUUGAAGAGAACCAAAGGCAUCUUAAAGUAAGCCAUGAUGCACUUAUGGCAAAAGGGGAUGAACUCAACCUGCAGCUUAAGGAAGAACGUUCAAAGUGCCUUCAUCUUGAGAGAGAAUUACAAGCCACCACUUUUUCAAAGCGACGGUUAGAUGAGCUGCAAGACAGAAUUAAUGAUUUGGAAAAAGAGAGAGAGCUUUUAAAAGAAAACUAUGAUAAGUUAUACAACAGUGCCUUCGGGGUGACCCAUGACCAGCACUGGAAACUGAAGGAGCAGCAGCUGAAGCUGCAGAUUGCUCAGCUUGAGGCGGCUUUAAAGUCGGAUUUGGCAGAUAAAAACGACAUCCUGGACAGAAUAAAAGUGGAACGAGAUCAAAAUGAAAAACUGGCCCAGGAGAAACAAGAGCUACGCUUGCAGUAUCUGGAGCAGAAGCAACAGCUGGAUGAAUUGAAAAACCGUGUGAAGUUUUUCACCAAGGAGAGCAAUGUUGACGUGGCUGAACUCAGUGAGGCUCUCAUGCUUAUAAAGGUUCGUAGGCAGCAGGCAAGUGGAGACCUCUCAUUUUUGGAGAAAGUAGACGACGAUAUCCAAAAAGAUUUGGAGCGUUCCAUGCGUGAGCUUCAAGCAACCCAUGCAGAAACUGUUCAAGAACUUGAGAAGACACGAAAUAUGUUAAUUGUUCAGCAUAAAAUUAACAAGGAUUAUCAGGCAGAGGUAGAAUCGGUGACACAGAAAAUGGAGGCUUUACAGCAAGAUUAUGAAUUAAAACUGGAGCAGUAUGUCCAUCUUCUUGAUGUUAGGGCCGCACGUAUCCGAAAAUUGGAAGCCCAGCUGAAGGACAUUGCUUAUGGCACCAAACAAUACAAGUUCAGACCAGAAAUCCUGCCUGAUGAUCCAGUUGAUGAGUUUAAUGAAACUGCCCACUUAGAGCGAGGAGAGAACUUGUUUGAAAUUCACAUCAGCAAAGUGCAAUUUUCUCCAGAAGCUGCCAAGUCUUUUGGAGACCAGGAGCCUGCAACCUUCUGUACCUAUGCCUUCUAUGAUUUUGAACUUCAGACAACCCCAGUCAUCCGGGGCCUUAGCCCAACCUAUAACUUUACAUCUCAGUAUCUCGUACGGAUGGAUGACUUCUUUUUACAGUAUCUGCAGAAAAACACCGCCACACUAGAGAUCCAUCAUGCAUACGGCAUGGACUUUGAGACAAUCGCUGCCUGUCAGCUUAGAUUCCAUGAAAUAUUGGAAAAGAAUGGCAGGAUCUACAGUUCAGCCAUUUUAGUGGGUGUUGGAAGAGAGAUCCCAAACUAUGGCACAUUGGAGUACUGGAUCAGGUUAAGAGUUCCUAUGGACCAGGCAAUCAGACUGUAUAAAGAACGAGCUAAAGCUCUUGGAUACAUAACAGUGAACUUAAAGGAUCAGCCAGCGCUCAGUCCUGCCCAGGCCAGCCCUUCAACAGAUGGAAACUUAAAUGAGCUCCAUGUUACAAUAAAAUGCUGCACCAAUCUGAAGUGCCGAACAAGUGGCAUCCAGCCGAAUCCUUAUGUUGUCUACAAGUUCUUUGAUUUCGCUGACCAUGAUACUGCCAUCAUUCCUAGCAGCAACCAUCCACAGUUUGCCGAUCACAUGUGCUUCCCAGUGCCAAUGAAUGUGGACCUUGACCGCUACCUAAAAGCUGAAUCCUUGAGUCUGUACGUUUUUGAUGAUAGUGAAACAGAAGAUGGAGUUUACAUAGGAAAAGCAAAUGUGCCUUUAAUUUCAUUAGCACAUGACAGAUACAUUUCAGGUACCUUUGAACUAAAAGAUUAUGAUGGCCACUCCACUGGUACAAUUAGCAUUGAGAUGAAAUGGAAAUUUUCCUAUCUGCAACCACCUGGUUCAAUUGUAGCAGCAGACCUUUCACAUUACAUCCAGAAUGAGAAACCAGUGAAGGGGCAAGGGGAAGGCCCUCUCCUGGUGCCUCCAGUCUCUUCAUCAGCAGUGGUGAGGCCACAGCCGAAACCUAGACAGCGUACAGCUGCAGCGGACAAGAAAGUGUCUUUUGUAGAUCUUGCUGCAUUGCCAAAUCCGAGCCCCAUUCCUGAAAAAGAAGAUAAAAAGACUGAGGAGAAAACUGAAAACGAGAAACCCAUUGCUUCAGACAUUCUGCAGGCCAAACCAGAAACUGAAGCAGACGACAAAACAAGUCAGUCUGCAAGUAAAACUCAACAGGAACGUGAUGAUCCUUCUCAGCUUUCCGAAGGCCAGUUAGCUGAUCAGAGCUCAACUUCUUCAGGAGAUGAAACUGAAAUUACUGAGGAAUUGGAACCAGAAGAGCAAGAUGAAAGACAUGUGAGUGAUGCUGCUGAAUCAGUGACUGACAGUGAUGACUGUGUUGUUCCGAGUCCAGUCUCCACAAGCCUUAAUCAGCCUGCCGAAAAAAUCCGGAUUGAAAUAGUAGCGCUCAGUCUGACUGACAACCAGAUUGCAAGGGAUAACACAAUACAGCGGCUGUUUGUGGAAUGCAAGUUCUCUACUUUUCCAGCAGAGGAAACUCCAGUGUCCCUUCCAAAACCCAGAAUUGGGCAGUGGGUCUAUUACAAUUAUAGCCAUGUCAUGCACGUGGAUCAAACAAACAACAAAGCAAGGCGAGACAUCCUCAAAACCAUGCUUCGGGAAUCUGAGCCCAGCCCUGGAAGCAUACGAUUUACAGUGGUCAGUGAUCCGCCUGAAGAUGAACAAGAUCUUGAGUGUGAAGAUAUUGGCUUUGCGUACGUCAGUCUAAAUGAGAUAUUUAAAAAAGGGCAAGACAUAAUUGAACAAGACAUCAAGGUUUUUGAUUUGCAAGAUGAUGGAACGGUAAUUGGAAAGCUCAAAGUAACAGUGGAAGCCCUACAUGCUCUUCGCUCAAUCCACAAGGAACUAGGAAACGUCCAGGAGGUCUGAAAAAGGAUCCGUUGUGCCUGCAGACGUGCCUUCUCCCAAUGUAGCUCUUGCAAGGCAGAGGGAUGCUACAGUAUAUUUAAUGUAUAAUUUAUAUGUAAAGGAUGCACAAUUUACUGCUGUAAAGUUUAUAUAUCUUUUCAUAUAUAUAUAUAUAUA